AGCAUAACACACACAGAGCACAAAGAAAUCCGGCGGGAUCGUACGCGUUGGCCGGAGCGCAUCGAUACAAACAAACAAAGAAGCGGGAAUAUCAAAGGAAAAACUUAGACAUCACACUAUUGCUAUUCGUUUGAAUUGCGAUCUCAACAAAGUCAAAGGCAACUCCUACUCCUGUACUCAGGAAAAGCUACCAUGUCUCACCACGCCUCGUCCUCCUCCACUGGAGGACCCAACAAGGGCCCAUUGAAUGGUGCUAUGGGAGUCGAAAAAAGUAUGUCUUUCGUCGAUAACGACGAUUUCAAAGAACUCUUUUUGAUGUUUGACAAAGACGCUGGCGGUUCAAUCGAUGAACAGGAAUUCAAUCAAAUGUUGCGAGUCUUGGGUUUAUGGUGAUGGAAAGUUGUGGGGGAAAUACGUACAACAUGGAUGUAAGUACAACCACAACGCUGUAAGUACAAGAACCAGAACGCUGUAAGUACAACGAUAGUGGACUCUGAUGUUAUGAUAUUCGACUUACUUCUGCAGGAGCUGUCAGCAUUCAUCAUGAUAUUCUGACUGUUUGAACUUGUGAUUUGGUGGCUUGUAUGGGCCUCGGGGCGAAAUACUUACAACAUUGAUGUAAGAAGUACAAUGAUGAGACCCAGACCUUGACGAAUAUGAAGUCCGACUUGUGGUCUUCUCCUGAAAGGGUACAUCCACAAACCGAAAUCUUUUCAAAGAGAAAUCACCGUCACCUCAAAUACAAAUGCUUUCCUUCAUUCAAAAUCAACGUAAAAUUUCCGAAGGAUCCUGGUGAAGCAAUUACUUUUCCGGAGCUGUGCGCUCUUCUGACGCAUUUGAGCCGGCCGCUGACUAGGGACGAAGAAAUUGUUGAGGCCUUCAAGUUCUUUGCUCCCACUGGAAGUACUGAAACUGACCAGAGACCACUGUAGAAGUAGAUCUAGAUAUACAGAAAAUGACAUAUAUAACGACCAACACCUGGACAGUGUGCAUCGGAGGAGACGAGCAAAGCUACAGGACAACAAUAAUCAAAAAUAUACGAUACUGAUUCUGUGCACACCCGCCACACGGCUGGGCAUAUCUUCUUCAUCAUCAUCAUCAUCAUCAUCAUCAUCAUCAUCAUCACCAAGAUCCAAAGCUGCGGUUCCAUCCUUGUCUCCAAAUAUUCAGCUCACAUAACACCCGCGUCCUUGGUCGACGCAUAUCGAAUAUUGGGCGAUGAGACGCUAUCCGCGAGAGACGCAGCGGCUUUAUUGGGGGUGAGACCAGACAUCGAGCUAAUGACCCAAGAGGAGAUAGAGGCUGCUAAGGAACACGGUACUACAUCUUGAGGAGCACAACAUGAAUGAGAGCAUAGACUUGAUUUUUAUGGUAGUUGGUAGCUCUUUUUAGUUUGUGGCAACACAAAGAAUUAACUUGUGCCGCUCAACGCUACUUCUACCACGAGGAAGACCACUACCUGUAUUGGUGGAGAAGCACUUAAACUUAUUUUCCGUGCCAUCAGUUUCAUGCAUGAUUUGCCUGAGCCGUCUCCUGACUCUCGUUCACACUAGUUACAUGCGAAGAUGCCCGCACCCCAUCUUCAUCUCUUGUCCCACUUUGUCCCGUUGUUGUAUGAGGACCAACAACAACUACUACUACAUCCAUAAACAUAUCAAAUCAGCAAUUUCCCAAAAGCAAACAUUAUCCUCUACAAGGUUCCGGUUUCGGCGAGGUUUCCACUGGUAUGGCUUUUAACGAGUUUGAGUACAGGAUUAUGAGCACGAUGACGGCAGAGGAAGAAGAAGGAUUGGUCAAAUCUCCGAAACGUGACAAGAAAUCAGGAAGUCCUAGUAAUCCUAGGAAAGCUAGUAUUGGAGGAUGACGAUGAAGUGUUGAGUAGAUCAGACGAAAAUACUACAUGUCCAGCGCGGCGAAUUGUCGUUGCGCUGACCAAACAUUCACGUGAAAGCGAAAUGCACUUUGUCACAGUCACAAAACCGUCGAAGACCUCAAUUACUGCACAAACUUGCAAGAAAAACUCGAAGGCUGUAAAAAAGUCAUCUGCGGUGCUAGCGUAAAGAAAGUAAUAUUCUGGAGGUGCGCUUUGCUUCAACAUGUCGAACAUGUCGAAUCGUGG